AUGGGGUUCCCAGAGAAUGUGGAGGAAGCCAACAACCACAUCUUCAACCUAGUGGACGAAUAUCUGGCCAAUGGGGUUGACAGCGAUGCACCACAGGUGUACGUGAAGCCACCAGCCCAUGAGGAGUCCAAGGAGCCCUCCAAGGGCUUUGUGGUACGGGAUGCACCCUGGACUGCCAACAGCAGCAAGAAGACUCCUAAAAUGAGCAGCUCUGAAGAAUUUUCCAGCUUUGGGGCUCAGGUGGUAUGCAGGGAUAUUAAUGACAGCAUUAUUCAAGGACAAGUACUUGCUUUAGCCAUUAUUCAAGGCCUUCAGGGCAUUCAGCUACCCCAACGUAAGGGCGCUAAAGGAAAUUCUGGGGGAUGCUACAAAUGUGGAGCUCAGGGGCACUUUAAGCGAGAAUGUCCUGACAGCAAGAGUACCCCAACAGCAAAGCAACCUGGCAUAUGCCCUAGGUGUGGCAAGGGUACACACUGGGCGAAUGAAUGUCGCUCAGUAAAAGAUAUUCAAGGCAAUCGCACUGCAGACAUGUUAACCAAAGAGCAAUUUAUCUUCACUUUAAUGGAAAAUAUUCAACAAGCAAAACAAUUUCACAAGCUAUUUCAUGUUAAUGCUCUUACUCUCAGACUUAAAUUCAACAUAACUAAAGCUCAAGCUAGGGACAUUGUAGUCUCUUGCAAAAACUGUGUUACCCUCUUGCCAUCCCCCUCCUUAGGAGUUAACCCACGAGGCCUGUUACCCAACCAUAUAUGGCAAAUGGAUGUUACUCACAUCCCUGAAUUUGGCAAACUAAAAUAUGCGCAUGUUUCCUUGGACACAUGUUCUGGUAUCAUAUUCGCCUCUAUCCAUGCUGGGGAAAAAUCCAAAGAUGUUAUUUCCCACUGCCUUCAAGCCUUCGCCGCUUGGGGUAAACCUCGACAAAUAAAAACAGACAAUGGACCUGCAUACACCUCACAACCAAGAAUCCUCAUUGGAGGAAGAUCAAGCAGUAUGGAAGGGGAGGGCCUAUCUAACUAUGAUUUCUCCUCUAGAUAA